AUGCUCAUUUCACCGGCUGCAAGUACUCCGGCAGAAAAGUUCGGGGUUGUAAUUGAUGCAGGUUCCUCCGGAUCCAGAGCCUAUGUGUACAGGUGGCUGGAUUCCCAAGGUGUGUCUGCUCAGGCGAGCUCAAGAGAUAAGUACUCCGUUCCAAAGAUUCACUUGGAUAAAGAAUGGUCGCAAAAAUCAUCUCCAGGUCUAUCGUCGUUUGCCAAAAAUCCGGAAUCUGCCUAUUCUAGCCAUAUUCGCCCUCUGCUAGAAUUCGCUGAGCAAAUCAUCCCCAAAGAACACGUCAGCUCGACACCUGUUUUCGUUCAAGCAACUGCAGGGAUGAGACUUCUGCCCAAAAAAAAGAGAAAUGCGAUUUUGAAUAACCUUUGUACAGACCUGGCACAUUCUUCCAAUUUCCUUCUGGAAGAUUGCAGUUCCCAAAUUCAGGUAAUUGAUGGAGAAACUGAAGGGCUUUACGGGUGGAUAGGCCUCAAUUAUCUGAUGGGUAACUUCGAUAAAUUCAAUUCAUCUGAACUUAGCCAUAGCUCGUCUGGCUUCAUGGAUAUGGGUGGCGCUUCUGCUCAGAUCGCCUUUGUGCCAAGUAGCCUCCAGGAGGUGCAGAAGCAUGACGAUGACAUGUCUACUAUCACACUGAGAAGUGUCAACGGCGAAUCCCAAACAUGGAGAGUUUUCGUAAGUACGUGGCUGGGAUUUGGAGCAAAUCAAGCUAGAACUCGGUAUCUGGCUCAGUUAGUGAACAGUCUACCUGAAAAUACAAAUGAUGAAGACGAUGAUGAUUACAAUACGCGAAAGCUGGUCGACCCGUGCAUGCUGAAGGGAUCAAGAACUGAGUUUGAAUACAAGGACGUUGAUUUUGAGGUUAUAGGCUCAGGAAAUUAUGCGCACUGUUCCAAAUCCAUCUUCCCUUUGCUUAUGAAAGAUUUACCCUGCCGAGAAGAGCCAUGUCUGUUUAAUGGGGUACACUCUCCAGCCAUUGAUUUCUACAAUGACAAGUUUAUUGGAACCUCAGAAUUUUGGUACACGGCAAAUGAUGUAUUUGAAGUUGGAGGAGAGUACAACUUCCAUGAUUUCAGUCAAAAAGUGAAGGAGUUUUGCGAGACAGAUUGGGGUGAGGUCCAGGCCCUUAGCGACUCAGGUAAAUAUAAUGGCAUAUCGACCAAAUUACUUUUGGAUUCCUGCUUCAAAGCUAACUGGAUUCUCUCAGUUCUUCACGAAGGAUUCGAGAUGCCUCGGGUGGGGAUUGAAGUCUCAGAUCAGGAAAAACCAAAAGAUGAUACUAAAGACGUAGUUGCUGCUGCAGUGGCUUUCCAGAGUUCUGACUCUGUUGAUGGUUAUGAGCUCUCGUGGACUUUAGGAAAAAUUGUAAUGUAUGCCUGUUCUUUAGUCGCCACUCAGAAACAUAGCAGCGCGGUUGGUAUCAUGCCAAGUGAAAAUGAUAUAAGGAACUUCAAUAAAAAGUUCAUAGCAGGGUCGAUCAAUAAGCCGGUGGGCAGCGACAACACUGUGGUCAAAAAUGUUUUACCUCCCUGGUAUACAUUCCUCCUGCUGUUUCUUCUUGGAGCCAUCUUCAUAUUGUUGGGACGAAACUAUUCGAGGAAGAAUCUGCCAUCCGCAAUCUCUUUAAGCAUGAUGGCCAACAAAAUCCGCGCGAAAUUCACAAAGUGGAAGUAUUCAGCUCUUGCUCCAGGAGAUCCAUUGUGCAGUCUCGAAGAGGGUCGUUACGCCAGACUGGGGCGUACUAGUGACGAAAGGGAGGGCGUACAAGUACGAAGUCGCAGCAUGCUCAAUUUAGAUGGCGCCGGAAAAUCUUCCAUUGAGCACUACAAAAUGAACGAGCGAACUUCAGCUAAUGGAAAGCAUGAUGCAGAACGGUUUCAAUUGCGAACGGCGUUUUCUUUGGCUGACUUCAGCAAGAUAAUGAAUCCUAGCGGCAUAGGGAAAAAGAGCCGAGCCUUCAGUUAA